AACACCUCUUCAACUUGAAGUUUGCUGCAAAAGAACUUAGCAGAAACUCAAAAAAAUGCGAUAAAGAAGAAAAGGCCGAAAAGGCUAAAAUUAAGAAGGCAAUCCAGAAGGGUAACAUGGAAGUUGCACGGAUACAUGCAGAAAAUGCCAUCCGACAGAAGAACCAAGCUAUUAAUUUCUUGCGCAUGAGUGCCAGGGUGGAUGCUGUAGCAGCAAGAGUUCAGACUGCAGUGACGAUGGGCAAGGUAACAAAGUCAAUGGCAGGGGUAGUUAAAUCUAUGGAUGCCACACUGAAGAGCAUGAACCUGGAAAAGAUAUCUGCACUAAUGGACAAAUUCGAGCAUCAGUUUGAAACAUUAGAUGUUCAGACACAACAGAUGGAAGACACAAUGAGCAGCACUACUACGUUAACGACGCCACAAAACCAGGUGGAUAUGCUUCUACAAGAAAUGGCAGAUGAAGCAGGCCUUGAUCUGAACAUGGAACUACCUCAAGGACAGACAGGUUCUGUUGGUACAAGCGUUGCCUCAGCAGAACAGGAUGAGCUGUCACAGAGACUGGCCCGUCUACGUGAUCAAGUUUAAGUUAAUCAGAGCUGCAGUUCUUUGUACAUGCUUUCAAAAUACCCUUAAUGUAACUAACACUGCACUACACUAGAAAGGUGUAUAUAGUGUGGCUUUCGUGUUUAAAUACUUGUAAGAUAUGAUACUCCACUCCUAGCUUGCUCUUCUUUCUAAAUACAUCAGGUAAUUCAAGUGUAUCAGCUCUCUAUUUUCUGUACAUUUUGAAGUUGAUGUAUUUUUUGCAAGCUCUUUCAUAAAAUCAAG